GAGCGCGUCACGAGGGCGGACACGGAGGACCAGGAAGUCAGCCAAGUACGCGCCGGCCCCGGGCCGGCGGCGUCCACACAGGUUCGCAGAAGCAGGAGAAAGCUCGGGAAGGGUGUGCGGCGCGGCGAAGACCAGCACCGAGACCAGAGAGGUCGGCAAACGCGGCCCAGCGGCGCGCCGGGCGGAGCCGCGCCGGUACAGCAUCCCCGCCGCGCGCCCUGGCCCCCGCCAUGCGUCCGGGGGGCGUGCGCAGCUUCGCGCUGGAGCUGGCGCGGGGCCCGGACGACGCGUACCGCGGCGGGGAGCGCCUGUGCGGCCGGGUGCUGCUGGAGGUGGCGGCGCCGCUGCGGGUGCUAGCGCUCGAGGUGGCGGCGCGCGGCGGGGCGGUCACGCACUGGCUCGAGGGCCGAAGCGUGGGUGUCAACGCUGUGUCCAGCGACUACGCGGCCGCCGAGACGUACUUGCGACGGCGGCAGCUGCUGCUCCGAGGCACUGGAGAGACCACAACGCUGCCUCCUGGGCGUCAUGAAUUCCCAUUCAGCUUCCAGCUGCCACCGACGCUAGUGACUUCCUUUGAAGGCAAACACGGCAGUGUCAGAUACUGCAUCAAAGCCACCCUCCACCGGCCCUGGGUCCCUGCCCGUCGGACGAGGAAGGUGUUUACUGUCAUUGAGCCUGUGGACAUCAACACACCGGCUCUCCUGGCCCCUCAAGCCGGAGCUCGGGAAAAGAUCGCCCGAUCCUGGUACAGUAACCAUGGCCUUGUCUCCCUCUCAGCCAAGAUCGACCGCAAGGGCUACACUCCAGGUGAAGUGAUCCCUGUCUUCGCUGAGAUCGACAACGGCUCCACGCGCCCCGUGCUGCCUCGGGCAGCCGUGGUCCAGACCCAGACCUUCAUGGCGCGAGGUGCCCGCAAACAGAAGCGAACCGUGGUGGCUAGUCUCUCGGGGGAGCCUGUGGGCCCCGGGCGGCGGGCACUGUGGCAGGGCCGGGCUCUGCGGAUCCCUCCCGUGGGUCCUUCCAUCUUGCACUGUCGCGUGUUACACGUGGACUACGCCCUCAAGGUCUGCGUGGACAUCCCGGGCUCAUCCAAGCUGCUGUUGGAGCUCCCACUGGUCAUCGGCACCAUCCCCUUGCACCCUUUCGGCAGCCGCUCAUCCAGCGUGGGCAGCCAUGCCAGCUUCCUGAUGGACUGGGGGCUGGGGGUCCUGCCAGAGCGGCCUGAAGCCCCUCCCGAGUACUCCGAGGUGGUGCCCGACGAGGAGGUGGCAGCCAUGGAGCAGAGCCUCUUGCCCCUACUGCAGGACCCUGACUUGAGCAUGGAAGGCCCCUUCUUUGCCUACAUCCAGGAGUUCCGCUACCGCCCACCGCCCCUGUACUCUGAGGAGGAUCCAAACCCACCCUCUGAGGCCAGGAGGCCCCGCUGCAUGACCUGCUGAGUGUCAAGUGGAAACUUCAAAGAAUAAGGUGUUUACACAUGCUUCCCGCCACCAUGGACAUAGCAAGGAGUGGCUAGAUGAAGAACAGACUGGGCUGACUACAUUGAAGUUGGGGAAACUGAGUCUCAGAACAAAACAGGGCCAUUCCAACAUCACACAGAGGAAGAGCCAGUCUGGAGUCUUGACAUUUCUGGACUGGUCCUCAUAAGGUACCAGAUACCCACAGUAGGAUCUGAGAAAUCAUUCAACCUGUCUAUGUCGGCCUGUGUUCCCUCAGAAGCCUCCAGUCUGGGAGCGACAGAACCAAACAUAAAUACUUCCAGACCCACAGGACCAGAGGAAAGGACCCAGAGCUGGGAGAGUCCAAAGAGGGAGCGGAGAAGGCUUCCUGGGGAAAGGGCAUUUUAGCUAAGGCUUUGAUGUGUGAAUAAGAGCUUGGUAGGCAGGCAAGCGAGAGGAAAAGUCGAAGAAGGUCCGAGCUGACUGAUGUUUGGAGACCAUCCCCUUCAUCUUUGGAGUGGGGCUGAGAGAGCAAAUGCCUCAGUCGAGGCCAUACUGCAAGGUCUGGGAGGCAAGAGGGCCCAGGAAUGAGGCAUUCAGGAAAGCAGGUCAUCAGGGCUGUGUGGGGCUGAGGGUGGCAGGUGCAGCGACUCCAGCCUUAAAACCUUUGACAACCAGAGACUCCUGUCCCAGGCUGGAGUGCCUGGGCCCCUCCUCAUGCUCCAGGACAUGAGCACUGCCUGGGUACUGCAUGGCCUGAAAAACACAGGCUCGAAGGACAGACAAGACCGGCUACAUAACUUGCAGAAUGAAGACAUGGGGCCACUUGUUCAAGAAUUGAGAAUUUCAGGACAGGGACAGCAGAGCAUUAAACCAGGCUAUGGGGACAGAGGUCAGCCUGGGGGGCAGAGAAGGGCCACAGUAUGCUUCUGAACACCCCCUGUGUCCCAGAGGGACAAAAUAUGAUGGGGCAGCUGGACAAGCCUCCACGUGCAGAGACCCGGCUGAGGCAGGGCCCCCGCCUGGGACUCCACCUUUCUGAUAAGCCUUAAGUUGUUCUCUUUUGUACAUUUUUUUAAAAAAUAAAAAUCACAGAGGAAGAG